GGAGCCGUGCCGAGCCGUGCGCGGUGCCGUGCCCGCGGUGCCGUGCGGGGCGGUGCGGGGCGGUGCGCGGAGCAUGUCGGCGCUGCGGCGCAAGCUGGGGGACGAGUACCAGGUGGUGAGCACCUCGGCCAGCGGCGGGGGGCUGCCGCCGCCCCGGGCGGCCCCGCGGGGGAAGCGGCAGCGCUUCGUGGACAAGAACGGGCGGUGCAACGUGCAGCACGGCAACCUGGGCGGCGAGACCAGCCGGUACCUGUCGGACCUCUUCACCACGCUGGUGGACCUCAAGUGGCGCUGGAACCUCUUCAUCUUCAUCCUCACCUACACCGUGGCCUGGCUCUUCAUGGCCUCCAUGUGGUGGGUGAUCGCCUACAUGCGGGGCGACCUCAACAAGGCGCACGACGACAGCUACACGCCCUGCGUGGCCAACGUCUACAACUUCCCCUCCGCCUUCCUCUUCUUCAUUGAGACCGAGGCCACCAUCGGCUACGGCUACCGCUACAUCACGGACAAGUGCCCCGAGGGCAUCAUCCUCUUCCUCUUCCAGUCCAUCCUGGGCUCCAUCGUGGACGCCUUCCUCAUCGGCUGCAUGUUCAUCAAGAUGUCCCAGCCCAAGAAGAGGGCCGAGACCCUGAUGUUCAGCGAGCACGCGGCCAUCUCCAUGCGGGACGGCAAGCUCACCCUCAUGUUCCGGGUGGGCAACCUCCGCAACAGCCACAUGGUGUCCGCGCAGAUCCGCUGCAAGCUGCUCAAAUCCCGCCAGACCCCGGAGGGCGAGUUCCUGCCGCUCGACCAGCUGGAGCUGGACGUGGGCUUCAGCACGGGGGCCGACCAGCUCUUCCUCGUCUCGCCGCUCACCAUCUGCCACGUGAUAGAUGCCAAGAGCCCCUUCUACGACCUCUCGCAGCGGAGCAUGCAGACGGAGCAGUUUGAGAUCGUCGUCAUCCUGGAGGGCAUCGUGGAGACGACGGGGAUGACGUGCCAAGCCAGGACGUCCUACACCGAGGACGAGGUGCUCUGGGGUCAUCGCUUCUUCCCGGUCAUUUCCUUGGAAGAAGGGUUCUUCAAGGUCGAUUACUCCCAGUUCCACGCGACAUUCGAAGUCCCCACCCCACCGUACAGCGUGAAGGAGCAGGAGGAGAUGCUGCUCAUGUCCUCGCCCUUGAUAGCGCCCGCUGUCAGCAACAGCAAAGAAAGGAACAACUCAGUGGAGUGCCUGGAUGGUCUCGACGAAGUUGGCACAAAACUACCUUCAAAACUGCAGAAAAUAACUGGAAGGGAAGACUUCCCCAAAAAACUCCUCAGGAUGAGCUCCACCACCUCCGAGAAGGCCUACAGCAUGGGGGAUUUACCCAUGAAACUGCAGCGGAUCAGCUCAGUCCCUGGGAAUUCGGAAGAGAAACUGGUGUCCAAAACCACAAAGAUGAUGUCGGAUCCCAUGAGCCAGUCCGUGGCCGAUUUGCCACCCAAGCUCCAGAAACUGUCGGGCGGCGGCCGGAUGGAAGGGAACCUUCCUCCCAAACUGAGAAAAAUGAAUUCCGACCGCUUCACAUAGCCCGGCCGGGCGCCUGGCUGGCUUGCAAAGCCCGGACUGCAGCAAGAGGCGCAGCGUGGGCAGGACGGCCGGCCUCCACACCGCCUCCCGUGCUGGCUCCACGUGCCCAGGGGUGGCGGUGGUGGUGGUGGCGGUGGCAGUGGUGGUGGCAGUGGUGGUGGUGGUGGCGGCAGCGGGGCCGUACGCAUGCUCACCAUCCUGCCGACCGUGCCCGGCAUGUACUAUCACAACGCGCAUGCAAUAAUAGUGUGCAAUUUUUGCAUAUAGUUUUAUGGCAUGACUCGUACUAUAUUUAUACUGUAUAUUCUGAAAAAUAUAUAAAGGGGUGUUCCGUUCCCCUUUAUUUCUUAAGAGUAUGUAGUAGGUAAAACAUGAGAGUGGGUAACUUUCAGGGUAAGUUAUAUUUUGAGUUAAUAUUUUUUUUCUGAUGUGGGUUGUGAUGUUUUGUUCCACAAAGUGGCUAUGGUGCAUGGUUUUUUUUUCCUUGAAAGAAGGUGUAUUAGUUACUUCCUCACACCAAAUCUGCUAGCCUUAAAUUAACUGCUGGUUUCCAUUUUGCUUUAACAUUUUAUUGGGCUUCUUUUUUUUGCCUAUAUGCUACUGGAAAAAGAAUGUAUUUCAUAAGGCACUAUUUAGAAAAUAAACUUAUAUUAACAAGGCUAGGCAAAACAAUAAAAAAAAAAGGAGUAAAAUUAUCAAUUUAGGUAUGAUUAGAAAAUAAUUUUAGAGUUCUUCCAUAAUCUAUAACAGAUAUAUAUGAAAACCAGAAAACCCUUUCAAAUAAACAGCAAGUGCUUGGUUUCUCACAUUGAUAGGACAGCUCACUAUGGCAAUAGCUGACUGUCCGUGAAGUCAAGCAGGCUUUUGUUCUGGAUGCUCUGCCCCCAAGGGCAGGGCCAGAAUCCCCCCGUGCUCCAGCAGUGCCAGGGGUUCUCUGCACUGCUGGGCGAUUCCCUGCACUGUUUCUCUGUGGUAAAAACAUGUUCAAAAACAUUAACCAAGGUUGACCCUGUGGGUUUUGAAAUGAGUAAUACUUUGUAUAAAUGUCUGCUUUGACAGCCUUCCGUGGCUGCGUUUGGUUUUUGGGUUUUUAUCCUGUUUUGCCCCAAAACGUGGGGCCACGAGGUGGGGUGGCUGCUUCGGAGCUGGGUGGCGGAGGGGCUCCUUGUCCCUCUGGGGCUGGGCUGGGCUGGGUGGUGGUGGCGAUGGGGAGCAAAGCCUCGAGGGCUCUACACCAUGAGGGACAAAACAGUUCGUUUUUGUUACAAAGGCUGUCCUGGAGCAAGAACCAAGAGGCUGAACGUCGCUGGAAGGGUUGGCUCAAACGCCGUGGUGGCUCGGUGCUCGUCCUGGAAGUUACCGUGUGGGGUCAGUCAGUUGUGCGCUCAUGGACUUGGUACUAACUGAAGGUUUUUUCAACGUUUAUAAUGAUUUUUGAGUGGCACUGCAUGCUUUUUACACCUUUGGCUAUACUGAAAUUCUUUGCACGUUGUUGUUAAAGGGAACCGUGUGUGCAGCUCCCUGUGUGCUGAUCCCCAGCGCGCGAUGAGCAGACCUCUAACGCUGCAAGGUAAAAUCUGAACGUUUUCCCCUGUUUGCUAACACUUGCUCAGGUUGUCCUGUGAAAUUUGUGUGCCAGGUGUAACUCUUCUGCUAGCCCUUGGCUGAGUGAAGACAGUCACUUGCUGGUGGCAGCUUCCUCACUGGGGGGACAGUCACAGGGGCUUGUCCCUGCCCAGAUCCCCUGCUGCCAUGGGACAGCCCACUGCUCGGUUGACUUUUCCUUGUGGAAAAUCAAUGUGGCACAUUCCUGGACUAAGAGCAAUGGUAUUGCACCCAGCCGUGCCCCCUCCACCCAAAAAACCAUCGGGAACAUUUGGGCAACAGGCUUCCCCUCCUUGCACACCCGCAGCAGGGUAGUGGGUGCCCAGCUACAGCAGACUCCUGCCUUGCAGGGGGAGAAGUGGCAUUUUCCCCUGGGAUCCGGGCAUGGCUGCGUGCGGGGCCGAAUUAAGCAGGAGCCGUGUCCACGUGCUUUACAACCCCAAGGCAGAGAGCCAGCCGGGAGCAGGGAGCCUGAGGGGCGCGGGUGACUCAGUGGCUGCAUACAAAUACCUGAAAGUAUGCGAAAUGCUGGGAAAGAAUCCUCGCUUUUAUUAAAUUAAUGCCAGAUAAAAUACUAAGUUAUGAUUAAUUCAGAAGUUUGACUUUUUAAAAUCCAAAUAAUCACUUGUCCUUGCUGGACCCAAGAUUUCUGAGGCUUGUGGCUUGUACUGCAAUGUAUUACGUACGUUAAGGCUAAAAUACCUGUCUUUCGUUAAUGAGAGUGAAAGUACAGACAUGGAUGAUAACUUUCUUUAGUUAUUUGGUUU